GAAAUGCUUCGCCGAGUGCCUUGGAUAUUGGCCACGAUCCUACGCAUCGCUGUUGUGUCGGCCAGUGAAUACUCGCCCUAUUCAAAUCCUCUGUUCGGCCUCUCGAACGAUGCACUCCUCGUGAAAAGGCAGGGCUGCGAAGCAGGCCUCAACUCUUGCUCGAGUCUUGGGUCAAACAAUGUCUGUUGUCCUUCUGAUACAACCUGUGCUUUGGAUCAAGCUGGACAUAUUGCCUGUUGUCCGUCUAAUGCAGUGUGUACGGGCACAAUUGCGGGAUCUAUAACGGGGUCGGUUACAUCGUCGGCUACCGGGUCAGGCACAACAACAACAACGAGCUCCGGAGUCUUUUCGAUCACAGGCGUGAUUGGAGGUGGCUCAACGGUGACCAACCCAUACUAUCCUUUCAUCUAUGCACCGACCUCUUUCCCCAACGCCGAUUUAUGUUCCAGCGCAUUCACAAGCUGUCAAUCCGCCUCGACCGCUUGCUUCACUUCUCUAGCGGGGGCCAAUGGGGUCACAAUAGGAGGUCUCGGUGGAGGCAUAACGGUGCAAGGAGUCUCGGGCACAAUACUCAGCUCGGCAAGUGCCAUUUGCAGCUCAUUAAGCUCGGUGGGUUGUUCUGGUCUUCAAGAUGUGAGCCAAUGCACCAUAUUCGGAAGUGGCUCUGGAGUUAUCCCGACAACAACAACAACAACAACAACAGGGACAAAUGGUAUCAUUCAAGUUGGAAACCAAGGUCCUCGGCAGACAGCCUGUCCCAGAAUACUUUAUGCAGCAGGUGCUGGGGCGGCCAUUGGGGCCAUGCGCGGGAUAAUAUAA